AUGACCGCCAAUUUGACAAACAAAGUCUUCUGUCUUACAGGUGCAGCAGCUGGAAUAGGGCUAUCAACAGCCAAGAUCCUUCUCUCACGCGGUGCAGCUGUCGGUAUUUGCGACAUUCAUGAGAAGAACCUACGCAGCGCAUAUGAUUCCCUGACUGAGAGCGAGAAGUCACGAGUUAUGAUCCACGCGUUAGAUAUCACCAAUCGGGCAGCAGUGAAGGAAUUUAUGAAAUCGACGAAGAGCCGAUUUGGCCGAGUUGACGGUGUCGCAAACAUUGCCGGGAUAACCGGCAAGAGCUUCGGACUCAGGGAGCUUUGGGAAGUCUCUUCAGAAGAGUAUGACUUUGUGAUGGACGUCAACGUUCGUGGAACAUUUAAUUUGCUGGCCGAAUCGAUGGUCCCGGGUCUUCUGGAGCCUGGGUCUAGCAUUGUCAAUGUCGGAAGUGUGGCUUCGGCGCGCGGAUACAACAAGGGCGCCAUGUACCCUCCCAGCAAACACGCUGUCAUCGGCCUAACGAAAAGUGCAGCAAUUGAAGGCGGUCCCCGAGAAAUCCGUGUAAACUCAAUUUUGCCGGGUCCGACGGAUACUGAGCUUCUCGUUCAGGCUACCGAGGCCUUUGGGGCAAUUGAGCGGCCGAGUGCAUCCCGUCCCAUGCAACGUACAGCCGAUGUCUCGGAAAUCAGUAGCGUGAUUGCUUUCUUGUUAGGACCAGAAAGCACCUACGUCACAGGAGCUGUGUGGGCAGUCGAUGGCGGGUCACUUGCUUGA